GGGCCGGGGCCGGGCAGGGCGCCUUUCAGGGGAACAUGUCCCCCAACUACAUGCGGAGCUUCUCGGAGGGAUGUCUCAGGCCACCGACGGUAAUUGGCCAAUUCCACACUCUUUUCUUUGGCUCAGUGCGUAUGUUUUUCCUUGGCGUUUUGGGCUUUGCUGUUUAUGGAAACGAGGCCUUGCAUUUCAGCUGUGACCCAGACAAAAGAGAGGUUAAUCUCUUCUGUUACAACCAGUUCAGGCCUAUAACUCCUCAGGUAUUCUGGGCAUUACAGCUGGUGAUUGUACUGGUACCUGGAGCCUUUUUUCACUUUUACGCUGCAUGUAAGAGCCUCAAACAGGAAGAAAACCUCCAAAAGUCAUUCUACACGGGUUUUUAUAUCUUCUCUGUUUUCUUAAGGAUUAUCCUUGAAGCUGUGGCUUUUUGGCUUCAGAUUCAGCUCUUUGGUUUCAAAGUGAAUGCAAUCUACAUGUGUGAUAUGGGAGCACUUGAAAAAAAGUUUAACAUUGCCCAGUGCAUGGUGCCAGAGCACUUUGAAAAGACAAUUUUUCUUACUGCAAUGUACACGUUUACUGUGAUUACAGUGUUCUUGUGUGUUGCUGAGAUUUUGGAGAUCUCGUGUAGAAGGCUAGGUUUCUUAAAAACUCAAUGAUAUCGUUCACUCCUAGUCAUUUGCCACCCUGUCCACCUGGUUUUAUAACAAUGAUUUCAAGUUGUAACAAAAAACAUCUCCUGUCCUCUGUGCAGUGUUGCAGAAGAGAACCAUGCUCAUGAUUACAGCUUCAGAGUAGACAUCUGACACUUAGUCCCCUUCUAAAAACUACAGGAUUAUGUGAAUAAUUUUUGUUUCCAUGUCAAGAUCAAAGGCAGUAAAAUUUACAAGAGCAAUGUGUUUUCAUGACCUGACACAUAGAGUAGUUUUGCCUUUAGAAGAGUGUCUGUGUGUGAGGAAGAGGUUAUUUAUAAACAUAUUUUUAUUCACAGCUUUUCUGAACACAUGCAAUUGGAGCUAAUAAGGUUAUUGACCUUCCAGGAAAAAAUAUUCCAAAUUUCUCACAUGUCCUUAUGUCUUGAGAAUUAAGCAGGAAGGGUAGAUAAUCUCUGGAUACCAGAAAGCAUUCAAACAUUUUCCCAAGCAGUGCCACUGUUGCAACCUGCGCCUUAAAACCCCAAGGGCAGAGACUCCUGGCGAGGCUGUGGUGACAACAUACUCACCGAUACCAGCUUACUUUGCAGCAGUUCAGCUGCUGUCAUCUGCUAGCUGUCAAUUUCCUUUUAAAGGUGGAAGACUAGCAUGAUACUCUCUGUGGUGGCUGGAACGUCUUACCCUCAUUAUGUUUUGGUUUACAAUGUAGAAGAUUUUUACCAAUUUUGUUUGAUCACAUUUUGAAGGAGUAAAAGGGCCAUAUGACUUAGGUUUGCAUAAGAGGCUUAAAAAAAUUAAAAUAAAAUCUCAGAGAAAAACCUUUUCUGGGUCCAGUCGUGCCUUAAUUUCAGUGAGAGUUUUGAUUGUGUGUGACUGCAGAAUUGGGCUCACAGAAUUUUUUGCUGUGUGUGUCACAUCCGACUUCUUAUUGCUCUGAUCAAAGCUGAUAGAAUAACAGUUAAAAAGAAGUCUGCAUACUAAAAUUAUUCCAUGUACUAUGUGUAUUUGUAUAGGUUAGGUCUUGCAUUCUAUAUGGCUAUCAGAUGUUUUCUUGUGCGACAGUUUCUUCUUAAGGACUAAUAGACAAAAUUAUUUAGUUCCUUGUGCUGAAGUGAGGUAAUGGAAAAAAAAAAAACAAAAAAAAAAACAAAACAACAAAAAACAAACCCAAAAUGAAACAAACAAUCAAAAAAACCACCAAAACCAAAAACACAUUUCAGAACUGGAAAGAAAGGAGGAGGUAGUUUCUUGUAUAAAAUAUGUACAAAUAGCAAUCAUAACAAUUGGCUAUUUUCCAUUUGUUUUUCAAAUACCUUCAAUUUCUAGGAGGAAAAAUUGAAGGUUUCUUACUCUUUCAUAAUUUUCUACAGCUAGUAGAUUGAACAAUUUCUGUUCUGAAUCUCAGUGAAACAAGAGACUCAGAGUCAUCACUAAUUAACAGUGAUCCAGGAACCAGCAAAGUCAGAAGGAAUCCAUCAGCAUCUUUGGACAGUUUGAGGCCUGUAACACUGAAGGCAAGAACAUCUUUUCUUUUUGAAUUAAAUUUAAAUUACAUGAAAAAACAUUCAGCAUAAAAGCAUAAAAAGUUGAGAUCCUGGUGUCAGCGUUUGGGUCCUUUCAGGAAUUCCUGGAAAAUUCUGGAAAAAUUACUAGAAAAUCUUUUAACCCCAACAGUUAGUUAAGCAGUCCCAAACAAGGUUGGGUAUAAGAGCUUUGUAAUCCUCACACACAAAAGCAGUCUUCGUUACAUAAAGAGAAUUGCAUGAUUAAGGUGUCUUGGAUUUGAUUGAUUCUGGGCCAUUUAAACCAAAGUGGGUCACAACUAGAUGUGUGAUUUUUCUAAUAUGCUGAUCAAGAACAAGAUGAUAAAUUUCAAUACAUUCACUGUAUUAAAGCACUAACGUAUUAUUUUUCCCCUAUGGAAACAAGUUAUAUGUUGUCUUAAAUAUAUGUCCAGUCAACACUAUCAGAUUUGUGCAAUAUUAAAUUAUCUACUUGAUAUUUGCAAGCAUUACAAGUGGAAUAAGAAUAACUGUGCUGACUUCUUGUGUGAAUAAUAUAUCACGAGCUUCGGUCAAUACAUGCUUAAUUUUUCGUUGUAUACAUCGGUACCCAUCUGGAAUUAUUCUUUGUGAAUUAAACUUGUAAUCUCAGGUUAAAAAAAUCUUUUUUUGUUUAUAAAUAAAAUAUGUAUAUUACUACUAAAAAGAAGAAUUAACUCCCAUGUGCUGGGUGCAGUUGUGACCAACUGUACUCAAAUCACACUUCAGAUGUCUGUAUAAUAAUAAAAUAACUUCAUCACAA